CAACAACAAUUUUACUUGUCAAACUUUGUUCUAAUUUUCGUUUAUUUAGAUGUAUUAUUUUUAAAUGAAAAUAAUAAAAACAACCAAAUAAAUUUGAGGAAAACGCUAAAAAAUGCCAAAACCAACGUGUGUUCAGUGCAGUUCAAACGAUUCCUUGCUUUGGCGGAGCGCAGAGAACGGUCAAAUAUGCAAUGAGUGUCAUUUAGCAAACACAGCUAAUAAAGAAAUAAAAGCCGAUGUAGCUGCGAUAAAAACUGAAUAUGAGGAUAAGGAAGACUCUGAGAGUAAAAAUGGGAAGCCUGAGGGUGAAACAACACCUGCUAAAGCCACAGGAAAGGGGACGCGUAAGAGUACGAGAUCUACGAGGUACAAAACAAAAACGCCUGCCCCAACUCUCUCCAAGCCAUCUGCACCGCGCGGUAGAGGCAGGCGGAGUAUCUUCAAGAGGCAGCCGUUAAAAGCACCAACUGCUACUGCCACUGUAGUUACAAGCGACUCUUUAUUUUUUAAGGGUUCAUACAUGCAAGUAGGAGACAUAGUAUCCAUGUUGGAUGUCGACGGAGGAACUUACUACGCUCAAAUCCGAGGGUUCCUCACCGAUCAGUAUUGUGAAAAGAGUGCUGUUGUAACCUGGCUGUUACCCACCAAAGCCAGCCCUCCGCCAGAGAAAGGAUUUGAUCCUGCUACUUAUAUUAUAGGACCAGAAGAAGAUCUCCCCCGUAAGCUUGAAUACAUGGAGUUUGUGAUGCAUGCUCCAUCGGAUUAUUACAAAGCAAGCAACAGCCCCUACCCUCUCACAGACAAUGAAGUUAAUAACUACAAUGGCUUUGUUUGGACGAGUCUUGAGCCACAAGUGAAAACAUAGUAAAGUAAUAUACAGCGUAUAACUGAGUUCCUACGGUAAUGCAGCGGUGCGGGAGGAAUGACAAGUGUCACAAGUGAAUAGGCAUCUUCUGGGCAGGCGCACUCCACCUUAGACUGCAUCAUCUCUUGCUUGGUGUGAUUGCAGUCAAGCCAAGCCCAUUUAGUUUUUUAAAAAAACUUGAAGAAUCAUAACUCUCGCAUCCUCUGUACCAAAUUUCGUCAGAAUCGGUUAAACUGUUGGGCCGUGAAAAGGUAGCAGACAGACAGACACACUUUCGAAUUAAUAAUAUUAGUAUGGAUUAUAAUAAUAUAAUAAUAAUAGUUUUUACUGUCAAGCAUAAAAACCCAUACACAUAAAGUUAUCAUGUUACUAUUUAAGAUACCUAUACACAUAAAUAAUAAAAUGAAUGUGUUCAAAUUUAUAGUGUUUCCUAUUUUGUCCUAUGUCCUAUUUUGUUAAUCAUCUAAAUUCUAAAAAAGCGGGGAUUUUAGGAUUUCUUGCUUGGGUUCCCCUACUACUAGACAAAGAGUAUGUAACAACUACGUUACUAGUCUUAAUUAAGUCGCUGUACUGACAGAAACCAGAUGCAAAAAACUUAUUUUU